AUGGCGCCUGUUGCUGGGCCCUCCACGGGCAGCUCGACCGAACACGCCGCCAAGACUACAGCGGCUAGGGUAGGCAGCAGAUCCAGGACGAACAAGCACAUAGAUCAGGAACGCAUCCUCGACCUCCUCCUCGGCGCAUUUCUGGACGAGACCACACCAUCCACCUCAGCUCGAGCCGCUCAAAAAGCCAGAGCGACACGAGUCAUUGACAAAGACUCGUGGUCGCCUCCCGACGACGAUGAGGUCUCUGCAGCGCUGCAAGGUCUGUCUCUCAAGCAUAGCAUCCACCUCGAUUACGAGCUUGCCACAGCCAUUCAGAGAUGCCACUCGCAGCUUCUGAUGUCUUGCGAGCGGUCAAUACGCCUGUCAGACCAGGCACGCGAGGCGGAAAAGCGGCGAGGCCGCAACGUCAGCAACAUGCCGGCCCCGCUUCUCCGCCCAGACAAUGUUUCACACGCCAUCCGCUUGCUACUUCGAUUGUCCAAGCCAGCAGACGUGACGGCUCGCACAGCUGCCAAUCUGAUGCUCAACGCGACGCACUCGAGCCGUGCUCAGUACCUGACUCCAGAACAGCGGAAGCAGGCAGAGAGACGCGAGUGGCUCAAUAUCUUGGUCGACGAGCCUCUGGAAGGCGACGUCUGGGACGACGACGGCCAGGAUCAGAACGGCUCCGACUUGUCCGACUGGAGCCUGGAUUCUGACGACGAGCGGAAACGUAGGGUUGAGCAAGGCUACGAUAGCGACAAGGAGCUCCGCAAACGAAGAGAUCGGCUCACUGCCAUUUCAACAUCACUACAACCUUCGGCCUCAUCGAAGCACGACUUUCGACAGCGCGAUCAAUGGUCACUGAAUCGUCGGACACGACUGGAAGCAUUAGACAGAGCAAAGGAGGAUAGUGUGCGCGAUUCAACUGUCCAUUCUGCCGGUGCCACGAGAAAGCACACCGAAGCAGAUGUUGUCAGGGAGAGCCUAGCUGCUUUGAUGGAAUUUCCGAGCGUGCUCUUCACACGACAACCCUCCGGUCAAGUGGCAAUGACAUCAGACGAACAAUUCCCUGUGAUCCGCAUCUUGAUGAAGCAAAUUGCCUCCAUCGCCGCCAUCGCUACAACUCUCGCGUCUCUGCAGCGCUUCGUCGCAACGACAAUAUCGCAAAGUAUCCACGCCGUGGAUGCCCUUACUAGAACGCCGGCUGUGGAAGCGUUCGCCGAGCAGGUUCAGGCUCUGCUCGAGCGUCUACGGACAAGUCUCUCCAACAUGGACUCUGACAUCGGGAACGCUAGCAUAUCAGCCCAACCGGCCGCUAUUCGAUCCGACAGAUAUACGACCAUGACACAAUUGCUCGAGUUCGUGCAAAGAGAAGCGGCCACAGUGCUGCUCUUGGCGCCCCUGCUCAAGGAGAUUGGCUUUAUCUCUGAUUCCGACGUCGACGUCGCAACUCCAAUCUUACCACGAGCCUUCAGCGAUCGAGCACUCAUCGACGGCCUGCAAGCGCUUCUGGCCUUUGCACAUCAACAAGACGAGGUGCUACACCGCGACAUUGUACUUGCCGAUCUGAGCACCUGCCUGCUCGCCGCGUGUCGACCUGCAUGGAGAUCCGUCUGCCUCUUGCUUCAAAGAGGCCUCAGCUUUGCCAUUCGCCGCGACCACGAUGCUCUCUUCGAUGAUCGCCUUGUGCAGCACAUGAUUCGCCACGAUGCGUCCAUGUCGACAUCUGACAGCGCGUUUUGGACGUCUGGAUAUCUUGUCAAUGGUACCAACGCCGACGCGAUGGCUGACGUCGACCUCGAUCGUGGCUACAGUUCGCCUGCAUUUUUGCAAUCUAUCAUGCGGGACGUGUUGACCACUGCAAAGGGAGUCGGCCUGCUUCGGAGCUUAGGUAUUGACGCACUCGGAGAGGUUCAGCCGAGCCCGAACCUGGACCAUGUUCUAGGCAUGCAAGUCGCCACAUCAUCGUCGACGUCUGAUCUGCUUCCAAGCCACGCCGAGCCCGGAGAGGACGGGCUGCAGAGUGCAUUGGGAACGCAGGGCGUCGCCACCCUCAUUGAGGCUCCACGCACCACUCCUGACAAAGCAAAAGCCAAUUUGCGACAGCUUCUGUUCGCCCACAACGCCCGCUCCUGCGUCGGAGAUGAGGCCGAAGAGCAGUCAGAUGAUGACCUGCCCCAAACGCCACUCUCGCGUCCGGACACUGAUUUACACUGGAAUUCAGAAAGCGCGGACCACCCCCUGCGUCUUUCACAGAAGCUGCUGGAGCCGAUGCUCGGGCGAUAUCUUCGGGAGCAUCUCUCGCCCAUCUCUGCCAUCGUGCGCAAACGAUUGACCGAGGUGCUUUCGUCUGCCGUGACCGAGGGUGGCUACGCGCUCCAGUCGCACCUCGAGGCCUGUCACGGCUUGUUCUUCAUGCAGCGAGGUGCCGAAAUGACAAGCUGGCUGGACUCUCUCUUUUUCGAUCUCGAUCGACGCAACGGCACAGUUCGUGCCUUGAACCAUUAUCGACUCAACUCUGGCUUUGGCGAUGCUCUCGAGGCGCACAGGAGCAUCGACGCGGCUGCAGCAUGGAUCGACGUCAACCUUGUUCGCCUUCACACUGGCGACGAUGACUCCGAGUCUGCCGCGGCUAUCCGACAGAGAACGAGGCUGCGUCGCCUUGCCGACGUUCAGGUCAAAUACGAGGUGCCUUGGCCACUCACCUUUGUGUUCCCUCAAAGUUGCAUGCGCGUGUACCAGUCGAUCUUCACCCUUCUACUGCAGGCACGAUAUGCACAGUGGAAGCUGUCGAGCACACUCAAACUCGCCAAGCCCGAGACCAUGCACAUGCGCAAGUUUUGGUCGCUUCGACGUCAGGCGCAAUGGCUCGUCCGAACCUUGAUCGGAUACAUUCAGGGUGAGGUUGUGUUGGAAGGGGCCCGGCUUCUCGAUUCCGCUAUGGAGGGUACAGACUCUAUCGAUAGCUCUAUCCAGAUUCAUAUCGAGGCGUUGGCGCGAAUCGAGAUGCUAUGCUUCGACCGCGUGGAGCAGGCCAAGGUCAAGGAGCUUUUCAGCGCCGUAUGGCGAAUCGGGACCGAGGUCGUCCACAACUACGAGCGAUUCAUUGGAACAAGCAACUCAGAAGAAGAUAGGCUUGCUCGCAGGAAACGGCGCGAAAGACGCAAGAAGCGUAGGGACAAGGCUAAGCGAGAUGGCGCUCCUCUCGGCGCGAUCGCCGAAGAGGAAGCGGAGGAAGAGGAAGAGGAGGAAGAGGAAGAGGAAGAAGACGAUGAUGAGCAGAACCAUGCACGAAAGGACAUUGAUCGAGAUGACGACGACGUCGGUCGGCUCUAUGCUACAUCCGGGAAUGGAGACCCCACCACUGUUGGUCAGACGGAAGGGCUCGAUACGACGUCGAUAGACGCCUCGAUGAGCGGAGAUAUCUCGGCAAGCUGGGUGGAGUCCGACGUGAACAGACGCGAACGCUUCCGUAUCGAAUGUGAACGCCAACGAAGAACCCUCGACCGGCUCGUCGAAGAGCUCAAGGUGAGCGUCGAUGAUCAGAUCGGUCGCAUCGCAGCAAGGACGGCUGCCCAAGCGCAAGACGCUACACAGGCCGACCGCGUUCUUCAGGAACACGACUACGCUCGCGCAAAGUGGCAGGGUCUACUCGAUGCUCUGGCGUGGUCCGAUAUGCGCUACUGA